UUGCCCGCUCAAACUGCCAACGUUAUCGUGUCCACUGGAGCGGGCGUUGUACACUUCCACUCCCACCUCCGGCGUUGUUUUCGCCCGCGGCAGCCGGCAGGCAGCCACAUCCGCAAGGUCGCAACUCCACCUCCAUGCGCCCCUGAUCCUCAUCUCGGACACGAUGCCUCUCAUGGCCGUCUCCUCCCCGCCCUUCUUCUCCUUCCCUUCCACCCCUUCCUCCGCAAGCCACCUCCGUCGCGCCACCACCGCCGCAGCGUCCUCUGCCAGCGACGACUUCGACUACCCCCUCGCCGACCCUUCGAUCCGCUGGCCACAUCUCCGCUUCCCGCACCUCCCAGCGCCCCGCUUUCCCGCCGCCGACACCGCUCCUCCCGCCCCAGCGAGGAGGCCAUCGGGGGAUGGGGAGCCCGCGGAGGAGUCAUCCGUGGCCUCCGCUUCCACUUCCGGUUCUGCGGCUGUCUCCGUCGAGCCGCUGGACGCGCGGGCCCACCGCGGGAGGGUCAAGAAGCUGAGCAAGCUCGCGCUGCGCCAGGAGCGGGACUGGCGGGAGCGCAUCGCGGGCCUGGCGGACCGCGUCCUGGCGCUUCCCCCCGGCGCGCCCGUCGCUGAAGUGCUGGACGACGCGUGGGUGUCCCCAGACGAGCUCGCCUAUGUCGUGCGCGCCGUGGGCGCGACCUCCUGGCGGCGCGCGCUCGACGCCUUCGAGUGGCUCGUGGCAAGCGGCGCCGGCGCCCCGGGCCCUCGCGUCGUCGCCGUCGUCCUUGGAGUCCUGGGCCGCGCUCGACAGGACGCGCUCGCCGAGUCGGUCUUCCUCCGCUUCGCCGGCGAGGGUGCCACGGUGCAGGUGUUUAACGCCAUGAUGGGUGUCUACGCCCGUUCCGGCCGUUUCGACGACGUUCGGCAGCUGCUUGACGCAAUGCGCGGCCAGGAGCUCGAGCCUGACCUCGUUAGCUUUAACACUCUCAUUAAUGCCAGGGCCAAGUCUGGGUGUCUAGCCCCUGGCUCCGCCUUUGAUCUCCUACUCGAAGUCCGGCAAGUUGGGCUGAGGCCGGAUGUCAUCACUUACAACACCCUCAUCAGUGCUUGCUCACAAGGUUCCAAUCUGGACGAUGCAGUUGCGGUGUUUGAAGAGAUGAUGGCUUCAGAAUGUAGGCCAGAUUUGUGGACAUACAAUGCGAUGGUGUCUGUUCAUGGCCGGUGUGGGAAGGCACAGGACGCUGAGCGGAUGUUUAGGGAGCUGGUUGAGAAGGGUUUUAAGCCAGAUGCAGUCACUUAUAAUUCUCUGCUUUAUGCUUUUGCGAAGGAAGGAGACGCCGACACGGUAGAACGUGUGUGUGAGGAAUUGGUUAGGGCUGGGUUCAAGAAGGAUGGAAUAACUUACAAUACUAUGAUUCAUAUGUAUGGGAAGAUGGGCAGGCUUGACCUGGCACUUGGUCUGUAUGAUGAGAUGAGGGCUUUAGGCUGCACUCCAGAUGCUGUGACUUACACUGUCUUGAUUGAUUCUUUGGGGAAGAUGGAUAGGAUCUCUGAUGCAGGAAAGGUGCUCGAGGAGAUGGCAGAUGCAGGAUUAAAGCCAACUCUGGUAACAUUUAGUGCUUUGAUAUGUGCAUACGCCAAAGGUGGGAGGCGGGAAGAGGCAGUGCGAACAUUUAGUCAUAUGGUUGCAUCAGGUGUCAAACCUGAUCGUUUAGCCUAUUUGGUUAUGCUGGACAUUAUCGCAAGGUCUGGUGACAUGAGAAAGCUGAUGGCUCUGUAUCAGACAAUGAUGAAUGAUGGUUAUAGACCAGACAACGCCUUGUAUCAGGUCAUGCUUGCUGCACUUGCAAAAGGAAAUGAAUAUGAUGAGAUUGAAGCAGUUGUGCAAGACAUGGAGGUAGUUUGUCAAAUGAAUCCGCAACUAGUAUCUAGCAUACUCAUCAAGGCAGAGUGCAUUUCUCAGGGGGCUAAGCUGUUAAAGAAGGCAUGCCUACAAGGACACGAGCCUGACAGUAAGAGUUUACUGUCCAUUUUGGAUGCAUAUGAAACAACAGGAAAGCAUGAAGAAGGCCUUUCUCUGCUUCAAUUCAUCCGGGAGCAUGUUCCCAGCUCCUGUAACUUGAUAUCUGAAUGUUCCAUCAUGCUUCUGUGCAAAAACCAGAAGAUUGCUGCUGCCAUGCAAGAGUACAGUAGUAUGCAGAUGUUAAAAUGUGGAUCUUUUGGCCAAGAUUGUAACCUGUAUGAAUACUUGAUUACAUGCCUCGAGGAGGCUGAGUUUUUUCCUGAAGCUUCUCAAGUUUUCUCCGAUAUGCAGUUUAUUGGUAUAGAGCCUUCUCGAAAGAUAUAUGAGAGUAUGAUCUCCGCAUACUGUAAAUUGGGUUUCCCGGAAACAGCCCACCAAUUGAUGGAUGAAGCUGUACAGUCUGGCAUUUCACUGAAUAUUCUUUCAUCUAGAGUAACUAUGAUCGAAGCAUAUGGGAAGAUAAAACUCUGGCAGCAUGCAGAAAAUUUUGUUAAAGGACUGAAGCAAGAACCAAGUAUUGACAGAAGGAUUUGGAAUGCGCUGAUACAUGCCUAUGCUGAGAGUGGCCUUUAUGAGCAUGCAAGGGCAGUCUUUGACAUUAUGAUUGAAAAGGGCCCUCUACCAACUAUUGAUUCAGUUAAUGGAAUGAUGAGAGCACUGAUUAUUGAUGGCAGGUUGGAUGAGUUGUAUGUGAUUGUUCAGGAGCUUCAAGAUAUGGGUUUCAAGAUCAGCAAAAGUACAGUGAUCCUUAUGCUUGAUGCUUUUACAAAAGCUGGGGAUAUAUUUGAGGUAAUGAAAAUAUAUAAUGGAAUGAAGGAAGCAGGAUACUUGCCAAAUAUGCACAUCUACAGAAGUAUGAUUUCCUUGCUCUGCCGUAACAAACGAUAUAGGGAUGUUGAAUUGAUGGUUGUGGAGAUGGAGCGAGCAGGAUUCGAGCCAGAUCUAACCAUACUUAAUACCCUUCUUUUGAUGUAUACUGGGAAUGGAAACUUUGACAAGACAGUAGAAGUAUACCACAGUAUUCUGGAAGCUGGUUUAGAGCCUAAUGAGGAUACAUAUAAUACAUUGAUAGUCAUGUAUAGUAGAAACUUGAGGCCUGAAGAAGGUUUUACUCUGUUAAAUGAAAUGGGUAAAAAAGGUUUGACACCCAAGUUAGAAUCUUACAAAAGCUUGCUUGCGGCAUCUGGAAAAGCAAAGCUCUGGGAGCAAGCUGAACAGCUUUUUGAGGAAAUAAGAUCAAAAGGUUAUCGACUAAAUCGGUCUCUAUAUCAUAUGUUGAUGAAAAUAUAUAGGGACGCCUGCAAUCAUUCCAAAGCUGAGCAAUUACUAGCAUCAAUGAAGGAGGACGGCAUUGAACCAACAAUUGCCACUAUGCACAUCCUCAUGACUUCUUAUGGGACUGCGGGGCACCCAGAUGAAGCUGAGAAAGUUCUGAACAGCUUGAAAUCUUCGAGUUUGGAAGUUAGCACUUUACCAUACAGUACUGUUUUUAAUGCUUACUUGAAAAAUGGUGACUACAAUCUUGGAAUUACAAAGUUGUUGGAAAUGAAAGCAGAUGGUGUAAAACCAGAUCAUCAAGUUUGGACAUGUUUCAUUAGGGCCGCUAGUUUGUGCGAGCGAACUGCUGAUGCUAUUCUUCUCCUAAACUCUUUACGGGAUUGUGAAUUUGAUCUUCCCAUUAGACUCCUGACUGAGAGGACUUCAUCUCUGUUAACUGAGGUUAGCAAUUUUCUAGAAGAACUUGACGCACUAGAAGAUUCUGCUGCCCUGAACUUUGUGAACGCACUAGAAGACUUGUUGUGGGCAUUUGAAUGUCGAGCAACUGCUUCAUACGUUUUCCAACUGGCAGUAGACAAAAGCAUAUAUCGUCAUAAUGUCUUUCGGGUGGUAGAAAAAGACUGGGGAGCUGACUUCCGGAAGCUGUCUGCUGGGGCUGCACUGACCGCUCUAACAUUAUGGCUUGAUCAGAUGCAAGAUGCUUCACUGCAGGGCUCACCAGAAUCUCCCAAAUCUAUUGUACUGGUCACGGGGGAGGGGGAGUAUAACAUGGUAUCCUUGCGUAAAACCAUCAGAGCUUACCUUUUGGAAAUGGGCUCCCCUUUCUUGCCAUGUAAAACUCGGUCAGGUCGCUUUGUGGCGAAGUCUUACUCUCUUAAGAUGUGGCUGAAAGAUUCUGCUUUCUGCAUGGAUCUUGAGUUGAAGGACGCCCCAGAUCUUCCUAAAAUGAACUCGAUGAAGCUCACUGAUGGAUACUUCAUGAGAGCUGGCCUUGUGUCUACAUUUAAUGAUAUACACGAGCAACUUGGGGAAGUAUGGCCAAAGAAAUUUUCCAGAUUAGCUCUCUUGUCAGAAGAAAGCAGGGCCACAGUUAUUAAAGCUGAUAUACAAGGAAGAAAAGAAAAACUGGCGAAAAUGAAAACACAGGGUCUUGUCAUAUCAAGAAGAUCUCAAAAAAGGCCACGGAGAGCAAAAUUUGUUAGAGAACAAAGCACACAGGAGGUUUUGAAGUAGUGUUUGGUUGACUGCAUCGCCACAUUUCUUCCAGCAACAUUUUGGCAUUUAUAUGACUAUUUAAAAUGAAAAAAGGAAUGGUGACAUACCGUGAUGUUGAUCACUCAAGGUACAAGUGAUAUAGAAUAAAGGCGGGAUGCAUUUUCUUCUAGGUUUAUUGACCAGAGUUGUAGCAAGUUCAAACUGAGAUGAAAAAUUGAUGGAGAUAGCAUGUUUCAUUCAGCACGGUGUCAUCAUACGACUUCAUAAUAUAACAAUGCCUUACGUCAUAUUUGAAGUAAGAUUUUCAACUGUUUAAGAAUCAAUAAACAUUUUGAUUUUUCCACCGAAUUGGCAUUUCAAGCGGGGAAUUCUAAACCGAAGUUUGUGAAAACCUGGUACCAGAAGGAAUCAACGUUCCUCUUUAUGAUUGAGUCGAACGAUGAAGACGCUGACAGACUCCAAGUGGAACGUACCUCACGCUAUGAUGCUCUUCUCAGUUGAGAGUAGCCUUGCUUCAUCCUCCUUCCUCGUCCUGGGGUCAGUAGCAAGGUUGGUUAAUCUCUCCCCAUAUUGCAGAUCAACCGGCGCAUAUAGCAAGGUUCGCAACUCGCAAGAGCUACAAUUGUCAGAGUAAACGAUGCUGUUCCUCUCUGUCUUAAAACAUGCGUCAAACGCAUCACGAGAAUUUUCAUCAAUCAAGGUCAAUGAGCAUCAAGUAAACAAAUCAACAACCUUACAUACAGCCCAUCCUAGAAAUGAAGUUCAAUUACAACCAAUCAACCAUCCAUCCGUACAUACACACUUCCAUAGAGGUACAGUUAAGAUGAAAUGAAAAGUUAGAACUGUUGGAUCCUACAGAAUCUUCCCUUGGUAUCAGGAAUGCUUUCGUUUUUCUCUUCCUUAUGCACAAUGUAUAUCCCCUCUCCUACCUCCCUUGUGUUUUGUGUAUUGAUGUACAAUUGUACUUCCUUGGUGUCAGGACUACAUGUUUUGCGUCAUCUAUUUUCGCUGCAGAACCGCCGACGCUCAGCAGUCUACAUGACAAACAAAGGCAUGCCAAUUUAGAGAAAACAAAAUUUAGCAUGCUAGAAAUGUUUUGAUAAAAAAUGUAUAUUCUAGUGAAUUAUCUUAUUUUUGAGGAUUUUGUAAAUUUGUCUCAACUUCUAAGG